AUGAAUAUAAAAGAUUAUAAACCAUCACUUGUAAACAUCAAGAUUCCUUCAAAUUGGAAGAUACAGGAGUCAGUUUAUGAUCAAUUUAUAGUUUGUAAUCCUUUAUUAUCUCAAACCCAAAUAAUAUUUGACUCUAGAAAGAACAAGAUAUCUCUUCCAGUAGCUACAACCAUAGAUAUUACUCCACUCUUACCUAUUAACUAUAUAGGUGAUCCUUUUCAAGAACUCUUGGAUUUAAAUCACGAAGAUCUUCACAUUGAAACAGAUAUCAAUGAGACAACACAAGAAUAUUUCAUAUCAAUCAAAGAUGGGUCACAGAUGGUUGGACAACAGAAUUCUGGGUUUGCAUUUCAAUUAGGAAUUUGGAAUGAUGAACAAAAAUUCGGUCGAGUAUUUGGAUCAUCAACACAAUUCAUUCUCGUACAGAUAAUACAACCUCAUCAUCAUCAUCACCAAUUUAGAUUACAACCAAGUACAUCAUUUACCUCUAAUUCAAGAUACGAAAAUCAAUUGAAAAAUGUGAAAAUGAUUCAAGCAACAAGAGUCAUUCCUGAAUUUAUUAUUGGUGUUAGAUCAUAUGGUCCAGGUGAAAACAACAAUCUUGACUACCAACACCUCAAAAUGUGUCGUUGGAUCUCUGCAGGUGCACAAUCAGCCAUCCUAUUUGAUGGAAAAGGUGGAAAUCUAUCUCUAUAUUGUAAAACAAAUUUACCUACAGAAAUACAAGGUGACCUUAACCCUCAACCACACACGAUACAACAACUUGUUCACUUUCAACAAGGAAAAGUAAACAAUGAGAUAAAUCAACUUAACCAAGACAUUGAUCAAAUGAAUAAUCCUCUUUUCCAGUCAGUUUUUCCCGAUCUCCAAAACAUACAAUUCUCCAAACAGAACCUAUUGAUGAAACUUAAAAUGCAACAAGUUUAUUAUGAUAAUCUUCUGCCAGUUGGACAUAUCAUUUAUCGAGGUGUACAACAUGAUUUCCCAAAUGUUUCAUUCAAAUCAAUGCCAUUGAAUCUUGAUGAUCCGAACCAACAACAACAUGGCCCAAAUAUUUACAUUCAUUGUAUUGGUGUAAUAAAUGGAUUCAGAGUAGAUCUUUCAAAAAUACCAAUGGAUUAA